CCUAAACCUGUAAUGACCCGCACGGAACUCAAAGUAUCCAGAAGCCUGGAUCCAUCCACAACGAAGACCCUAAACGUUGUCAGCAAAGACGGCAGCAUAGCCCAAUUAAUCGUCAAACGAAAGGACCCCACUACACCACCCCCUACAGACAACAACAAUUACAACAUCAAUUUCUUCGACACCUACGGCGACGAGAUGCAAAACUACGAAUCCAAAAUGUUCCCUCAGCAGGACGAUAGCAGGAACGUGCGGGAAAUCGACAACAAAGCGAAUUGGAUACCGAUUUCAUCGGGAUACUACCAACCCUCCGCUGUAGACAUGCAAACCGUUGCUUUGAUACGAAACUUGACCAACAGGAACUUGAUUUCGAUACGAGCUUUGAAGCAACUAGCCCAAAGCAGCAGAUUACCCAUCGCGCCGCGACCAGUUAACGUUCAAUCAGAAGAAAUAUACAUGAAACCCACCAACGAAAUCAAACGCGGAAAAUCCCUAACAUCCAGCAUUCCGGUCAUCGAAGGAGUUAGAGUACCCGACGAUCCCUCUGACAAAAAAACCUGGAGGAACGCCAGAGUGAUCAACAACAAACUGGUCCCCUACGAAGCCGGUUACAAACCACCCAGAGCCAUAGCCCUCGAGGAGCUGAUAUACCCGAUAUCCAGCGACAAGAAACCGGCGAACCGGCAACCACUGGGGCCCUUCUCCAAAGAGGACAAUUUCAAGCGUCCGGGCGAGCGGGAGGCCUCCUACGGCCCGUUCACCGUCCGCGACAACGACGAAUUGGACAAACUCGACGCGGAGGAGAGCAAAUCGCUGUUGAAGUUCAGCUCCAGCGAGCACAGCUCCUAUCCCAGCGACCUGGAGCACUACAUCGAAGAGGUGAACGCCAAGGAAGCGGCGAAAGUUUACUACAACAAGCGCCAAUACAGGUCGAGUAAAGAUGGUGCGCAAUCGUUCGAGAGAAGGAUGCUACAAUAUCCCGUGGAGAUAUCGUACCCGAAUUCCGCUUUGUAUACCUCCCAAACUACUAAGUUGAGCCCGGUGAAUUUUAACGAUGGUGUUAGGACACCCGUUUUGCAAUAUGCUCAUCCAGAAUUGGGCGUGCAAUCAGCCAAAGUAACCACAGACGAUGAAUUAAAAGAGUACAACAAAGAACGCAAUUCCUAUUCCUACGACACCGGAAGACACUCGCAAUAUUACAACAACCUCAACACCAUCAACUACCACAGAAAAGACGUGCUGAAUUACCCCUACGACACCUACUACAUCGAAACGAAAAACGAGCCGCCGUUUUGGAUCAAACUGACGGAAAAAAUCAGGGAUAAAGUGCAGAACAGCUUCCAUCGGAUGCACCAAUUCGCGAAGCCCGUGUUCGAUCCCCUGGUGGAAGCCACGCAGAAGAUUUCCCACAACCUGGGCUUUGGUAAUAGGAAAUAUGCUCAGGAUCGCACGGGAGUGGUGCCGGUGGACGCCUCCGUGGUGUUACCAGCCUUGGGGCUCGUCGCCGGAGGGGCCGCUUUAGGUCUGGGAGCGGCGGCCGUGGGUCACUAUUUCACGCCCAUAGAACUCCAAAGGUCCUAUCCUAACGAUAUCGUACUCUUGAUUAAAGACGGCGAGAAUCGCGGGAGGAUCAAGCGCAGCUUGGAGGAUUAUCGCCUGCAGGAAUUGCAGAAAGACGAAGAGCAUUUCGCGGAGAACUUCGAGUUGUCUUCGAUGGACGUUUGGUCGGACACGCCUUGCGCGAAGAAGAUAUUUUGCGAGGUCCUGGUGCAGCAACACCCCGAUGAAAGUAUAUUAAUGGAGAAGAAAAUGCAAGACUUGUUAUUAAGAGUCCAUCCAGACAUCGCUUCUCAGGCUGCUGGUCAUCUUGAAGAGGUCAUGGAGGCUGUAAAAUUUCGGAAUUGUGCCAAAUUUGUCUGUAGGACUCCGAUUGUAAUUUCUUCUAAGGCUGCGUAGAUUUAAAAGGAGUAUAGUUUAUGUAAUUUAUUUCGCGAAUUUUAGCUUGGCUAGUGUUCGAUGCGUUUUUGUAACAAAAUAGCCACGACAACGAAAAUUAGGUAAUUUUUUGUGAAUAUUAUUUUGGUACAAAAGAGGAAAUUGGUACUAACUAAUUAUUUUAAUGUGUAUCUACAACCACAGCUUUAAAUUUGAAGGUUUAUUAGUAUUCUUGGCCGC